GCUAUGGCCUUUGACCGGUAUAUUGCAAUUUGCAAUCCACUGCAUUAUUCCUCCAUCCUAACUGUUUCCAUAAUUAUCAGAAUUGGGCUCACCAUAUUAGGAAGGAGUUUCUUCUUUAUUACACCUCCUAUCAUCCGUCUGAGACUCUUCCAUUACUGCCAUCCCCACAUCCUCUCUCACUCUUUCUGCCUGCACCAGGAUCUUCUCCGCCUAGCCUGUUCAGAUAUCCGAUUCAAUAGCUACUAUGCCCUGAUGCUGGUCAUUUGCACACUGAUGGUAGAUGCUAUUCUCAUCCUCUUCUCCUAUGUCCUGAUUCUUAAGUCAGUUCUGGCAAUUGCCUCUCAGGAGGAGCAGCAUAAGUCAUUCCAGACUUGCAUCUCUCAUGUCUGCGCUGUCCUUGUGUUCUAUAUCCCAAUCAUCAGCCUCACAAUGGUGCACCGGUUUGGCAAGCACCUCUCUCCUGUGGUCCAUGUCCUUAUGGGCAACAUCUACAUCCUUUUCCCACCUUUGAUGAACCCCAUAAUCUAUAGUGUCAAGACCCAACAAAUUCGUACCAGAAUACUUAGAGUCUUUUCUCUUAAAAGAAAUUGA